GGAGUGCUUCACGGUUGGUCCCCUGAGCCCUUAGAACCGAAUACUCCAGUGUCCUUUCUGUUUCUAUUUUUCUUCCUCCACAUCGCUAUCUGCAGAAAAGACACAAUGCCAGCAUCUCGUCGUGGUAGCGGCAGCGUCACAUUGCCUACUGGGCAAACGCUUGCGAUACAUACUCGUAUUCAAGGCGAAGAGGAUUUGCCCCAUGCAACCAAGAAGACCAUGGCCGAUCACCUCAGGAAGUAUGAAAGCCUAUUCACGUUGACGCCGCAAAGAAUGCGGAUGAUUGUCGAGGCCUUCACAGAAACGUUGGAGAUCGGCUUGAACAAGCCUAAUCAGAUUGUGCCUAUGAUUCCUACCUAUGUUUUUGGUUGGCCAACGGGACAAGAAACUGGUGACUUUCUAGCCCUGGACCUUGGCGGUACCAAUCUUCGUGUAUGUCUUGUAACUUUGCAAGGCGAAGGGAAAUUCGAGAUUACUCAAACGAAAUAUCGACUGACGGAAGAACAAAAACAAGACGACGGGCAGAAGCUAUUCGAUUUCUGUGCAGAAUGUUUGAAGACUUUCGUCGACACAAAUUUUGGCGAACGUGACAGUGCGCUAAAGCCGGGACAGAACCUUCCACUUGGGUUUACUUUUUCAUACCCUUGCUCGCAAGAGAGAAUUGACCAUGGUGAACUCAUCCGAUGGACAAAGGGCUUUGGUGCUGCCAACACUGAAGGCAGAGACGUGGCAGAAAUGUUCAAGAAGUCGCUGGAAAAAUACCAACUCCCCAUACAACUGACUGCACUCAUCAAUGAUACUACGGGAACGUUAAUAGCAUCUCAUUAUGUAAACCCUAGAACGAAGAUUGCUGUCAUUUUUGGCACCGGAUGUAAUGCUGCCUACAUGGAAAAUGUGAAAAAUAUCGAGAAAAUCAACCACCUCGGUAUCGAUCCCGCCGCGGAAAUGGCGAUCAACUGUGAAUGGGGUGCUUUCGAUUCUUUCGAACACGAGCACCUACCCCGGACUAAAUAUGAUGCCAUUGUUGAUGAUACUUCAAAUAAACCCGGAGAGCAAGCAUUCGAAAAACUCAUAUCUGGUCGUUAUUUGGGUGAAAUCUUGAGGCUGGUGAUAUGCGAGCUGAUAGAUGAAGGUGUCCUCUUCCUUGGACAAAACACCUAUAAACUAGAGAAGCCUUACUGUCUUGACACAGCGUUCCUUUCGCUUAUGGAGAGUGAUCCGACCGAUGAGCUCCUCAUGAUCAUCGGGAUUUUUACACACUUCUUCGCUCUUGAGACAACAUUAGCAGAACGCCAGUUCUUCCGUGCUCUCGCGAAGCUCAUCGGAAGGCGUGCCGCACGACUGAGCUCCUGUGGUAUCGCAGCGAUCGUCAGUAAAAUGGGUUACUUGGAAGAAGGAUGUAUGGUUGGUGCCGACGGCUCAUUGUACAACAAAUACCCUGGAUUUGCGGAUAGGGUACAUGAAGGUCUGCAGGACAUUUUUGGAGAGAAGGGACGGAACAUUAUAACGCACCACGCCGAGGACGGAAGUGGUGUCGGAAGCGCUAUAAUAGCAAGCUAUGACAAAGAUCAGGAAAGACGCUGGAUUGUACAUUCAUGUUUGAACUAUAGACAGGAUGAAGGUCAUUGUGACUCAGCGAAGAAUAGACAAAUAGCUAUGUAAUUGGUUCUGCU